UUGAGAUUUAUAUAUAAUCUUGAAUCUAACAUGCCAAACUAUCGAUUAUAAAAAUGUUCAUGUAAAUUCAGCGACAUGGAAUUGGUGAUGUGUACGUGUAAUUGUUUGGUGGAAUGCUGAAGGCGGAUGUUGAUGCUAAGUGUAGCUUGAAUCAAUCUUUCAAUUUCCGGUAAAGAAGCUGACGGAAUGUCUGGAAAUCAGACGGUGUAAUCCACAAACCUUACCUCAGUUCAUGCAAUUUGAGUUUAUCUCGACCAACCAUUAUUCGGGGAUGAAAUGAAAAUAUUCUUCCUCUUCGAAGCACAUAAAGGGCAGCAUGAGGGGAGAAAGUUCAUCUCCAAAUGGAUCAAAGAAUCUUGAAAUUUAUAAAAGACACAACAAUAAGGAUAUAAUGCCAGGGAGCCAACUAUGGAAAGAUGGACUUAUUUGCGCAUUUGAACUCACCCGAGGGCACAAAAAACCAGCCACUCCAAAUGGUGAAAACUUCAAUGUAAAUAAUCCAAUGCACUCUCAUAAUUACAAAUGCACUCUAUUGGAGCAUACAUCCUUUUUUGAUUCAGGAAAUGAUCAGGUGCGAAGGGAAGGCAGUGGUCACGAUGCUGUAGACAGAUUUGGAGGGUCGCAUUGGGAUCCCAUUGGGUGGACUAGAAUUUCGGAAUUAGCGGAGACAGUGGAAGUUGGUGACGAUCAGUUUGCUCAAAAGUUUGAAUUUAACGAUGAUGAAGAUGACCUCACCGUAGCUGACUUAGCUGCACCAUACUGGGAACGGCCUGCUGGGCCUACAUGGUGGUGCCAUCUUACUGCAGGUCAUCCUGUUGUCCAGUCUUGGCUUAACAGUGCCCGGUGGCUGCAUCCUGCUAUUAGAACUGCUCUGAUUGAUGAAAGCAAGUUAAUUAGCGAGCACAUGAAACACCUAUUUUACGAGGUCCCUGUAAGGGUUGCUGGGGGUUUACUUUUCGAGCUUUUGGGGCAGUCUGCCGGCGAUCCUUACAUUGAAGAAGAUGACAUUCCUGUUGUUAUCCGUUCAUGGCAUGCUCAAAACUUCCUUAUUACUGUUCUACAUGUCAAAGGAUCUGCUUCAAGAAUCAAUGUUUUGGGCAUCACAGAAGUUCAGGAACUACUUCUUGGUGGGGGUUACAAUACGCCGAGGACAGUACAUGAAGUUAUAGCAAAUUUAGCCAGCCGCCUGGCACGAUGGGAUGAUAGGUUGUUUCGGAAAUCCAUCUUUGGGGCAGCAGAUGAAGUCGAAUUGAAGUUCAUGGACAGGAGAAACCACGAGGAUCUGUAUCUCUUUGGCGUAAUACUCAACCAAGAAAUAAGAAGGUUAUCAAAACAGGUUAUAAGAGUGAAGUGGUCUCUCCACGCCAGGGAAGAAAUAGUGUUCGAGUUCCUUAAACACCUGAGAGGAAAUCUAACACAACGCCUUCUCGAAGAAAUCAGAAAGAGCACGCGGCAAAUGAUCGAAGAGCAAGAAGCAGUUCGCGGCCGGUUGUUUACCAUCCAAGACGUAAUGCAGAGCACGCUUCGAGCAUGGUUGCAGGACAGGAGCCUCACAGUGACGCAUAACCUAGCAGUGUUUGGAGGGUGUGGCGUCGUUCUCUCCAUCAUCACAGGGUUGUUCGGUAUCAACGUGGAUGGAAUCCCUGGAUCAAGCAACACACCAUACGCAUUCGCCCUGUUUUCUGCAAUCCUCUUCUUCGUAGGCUUGUUGCUGAUCGCAGUCGGGCUCAUCUACCUCGGGCUGAAAAAGCCAAUCAACGAUGAGCAGGUCGAAGUGAGGAAACUAGAGCUCGACGAGUUAGUCAAGAUGUUCCAGCACGAAGCUGAGUCUCAUGCCCAGGUACACAGGCGCAUUUCACGGCAUAAUUUGCCGCCUACAGCUGGCGACAAGUUCUCAAAAGAUGGAAACUACAUUCUUAUACAAUCAGGUUGGCACUUCUAA